AACAGUACCUCUGCCAUGUCCUCACAUGCAAUAAACUACACCAUGGCUGGCAGCAGUAUUAGCAGCUUUAAGGCAGCAGACCUUGUCGUUCAGCUCUCUACCAGUCUGCAGAGGAAGCCAGAUGUAGUUGACUUUGGGACAGUCUUCACGGACCACAUGCUGACCGUGGAGUGGAACGCCAAUGGGGGCUGGCAGACUCCCCUCAUCAGGCCCUUUGGGGACCUUUCCCUUCACCCAGCCUGUUCAGCACUGCAUUACGCCGUUGAGCUGUUUGAAGGCCUGAAAGUGUACCGAGGUGAUGACAAGCGCCUCCGCCUCUUCAGACCCCUAUUGAACAUGGAGCGAAUGUCAAAGUCUGCAAAGAGAGCUUGCCUACCUGCCUUUGAUCAAUCAGAGUUGCUGGGGUGCAUCAAGAGGCUGAUAGAAAUCGACCAGGACUGGGUGCCUCAUUUAGGUUCAGGCUGUCUGUAUAUAAGACCAACAUUUAUCGGCACUGAGCCUUCUCUAGGGGUUAAGAAGCCUAACCGUGCCUUGCUGUAUGUAAUCAUGUGUCAAGCCGGCUCUUACUUCAACACCGAGCUGUCUCUGUGGGCCGACCCAAAGUACACACGGGCUUGGAAAGGCGGAACUGGAGACUGCAAGAUGGGAGGGAACUAUGGAGGGACUCUCUUUGCACAGCAGGAGGCGGGGAGUUAUGACUGUCAGCAGGUGCUGUGGCUGUACGGAGAGGACCACCAGAUAACCGAAGGAGGAACCAUGAAUAUCUUUCUGCACUGGAUCAAUGAGGACGGAGAUGAGGAACUUGCAACACCACCACUAGAUGGCAUCAUUCUUCCAGGCGUCACUAGGCAGAGCAUCCUGGACCUCGCCAGAAAAUGGGAUGAGUUCAAAGUGUCGGAGCGAUACCUGACGAUGGGCCAGCUGUGCUCGGCCCUGAAGCAGCAGCGUCUUAAAGAGAUGUUUGGCUCUGGCACUGCCUGCAGGAUCUGCCGUAUAGGAAGCAUUGUGUACGAAGAAAAGAAUUUGCAGCUCCCCAAUCAAGACAAGCACUCAUUAUCUUCAAGGAUUGCAACAGAACUGACAGAUAUACAGCACGGCCGCUCUCCGAGUGACUGGACGUACCUUGUGUAGCGGUGAUGAAGAAUUUUGGACUGGCAUUCGACAAAGCCACUGAAAUCAGACUGAUCUUCACUGGUCAAAAGGGGAAAAAAAGAUAGUCUUACUGUACGUAACUGUGGUUGUUUCAUCUUUUACUUGUUAUUUAACCUAAGUUGAAAAGAAUCGCACAACUGUCCAAAGUAAUUAGCAAAAGUAGCUUGAUGUCUAAUGUAAUACUGUACAAUAACUUACAGAGCAACCGCAGCCACUUGUUUUUACUUAUUUGCGCAACAUGCAUAGACCCAACUUGCAAACUAGCA